AUGAUGAACUUUAUCCCGAAACGGUGCCCCUCCGUCAGUUUGCUAUUCGGCAAGCGCCCGAUUCAGCGCAUCGAAGUCGGCGCCGCCCGCCACCAGAUGGAAAUCCCAGUGAACGCCAUUAACAAAAUCUACGACGGCGUCGACCCCAACCUAGAGUACCACAACAAAGAUUACAACGCCAUGAAGUGGAAGGACUUCAUGAAGCUCAAGCUGGACGCGUUCUACCUUGUCGAGGCGUCUCAGAGCGAGUCCGCAGCCAAGUCCGCGCUGCCGGAUCUCAACUGGUUUUCUGACUUGGCGGACAUCUACUCGGGUCAGCAAGCGAUGGCGCAGAUGGACGUCGCUCUCAAGGCUGCGGAGCAACCCAAGUUCGCGUACCCUAUUCAGGGAAAAAGCGUCAACUAA